ACCAUGGCGGCCGCGGUCGCUUCUCCCGCGCUGAAGCGGCUGGAUCUGCGCGACCCCGCGGCGCUUUUCGAGACACAUGGAGCGGAGGAAAUCCGAGGGUUGGAGCGCCAGGUGCGGGCCGAGAUCGAGCACAAGAAAGAGGAGCUGCGGCAAAUGGUGGGCGAGCGGUACCGCGACCUGAUCGAGGCGGCCGACACCAUCGGCCAGAUGCGCCGCUGCGCCGAGGGGCUGGUGGACGCGGUGAAGGCCACCGACCAGUACUGCGCCCGUCUCCGCCAGGCUGGCUCGGCCGUCUCCCAGCCCCCAGAAGAGCCGCAGCCCCAGCAGCCAUCGCAGGAGAAGUUCUACAGCAUGGCUGCCCAGAUCAAGCUACUCUUAGAAAUUCCUGAGAAGAUCUGGAGCUCAAUGGAGGCCUCCCAGUAUCUCCACGCCACACAGCUCUACCUGCUCUGCUGCCACCUUCACAACCUGCUCCGGCUGGAUUGCUCUGGUUCCCGAUACAGCCCUGUCCUCUCACGAUUCCCCAUACUCAUCCGGCAGGUCGCGGCAGCCAGCCACUUCCGGUCAACUAUUCUGCAUGAAAGUAAGAUGCUGCUCAAAUGCCACGCCGUGUCCGACCAAGCUGUGGCUGAGGCCCUGUGCUCCAUAAUGCUCUUAGAAGAGAGUUCUCCUCGCCAAGCACUAGCAGACUUCCUGUUGGCCAGAAAGGCAGCUAUUCAGAAACUUCUAGACCAGUCGCAACGUGGUGCCGGCAUCAAGACCCAGAUUUGCUCAUUAGUGGAGCUGCUGGCUACCACUUUGAACCAAGCUCAUGCUCUUUUCUACACUUUACCAGAAGGUCAGCUGCCAGAUCCGUCCCUGCCAUGUGGCUUGCUCUUCUCAACUCUGGAGACCGUCACAGGCCAGCAUCCUCCCGGAAAGGGCACCGGUGUUCUGCAGGAGAUGAAGCUCUGCAGCUGGUUCAAACACCUGCCGGCAUCUGUCGUCCAGUUCCAGCCGGCGCUCCGGACCCUGGCGCAGCCCAUCAGCCAGGAGUACCUGAAAGACACGCUGCAGAGAUGGAUCCACAUGUGUAACGAAGACAUUAAAAACGGGAUCACCAACCUGCUUACGUACGUGAAGAGCAUGCAAGGUCUCGCAGGGGUCCGCGAUGCCAUAUGGGAACUACUUACCAACGAAUCCACCAGUCACAGCUGGGAGGUGAUAUGUCAGCGGCUUCUCGAGAAGCCCCUCUUGUUCUGGGAGGAUCUGAUGCAGCAGCUGUUCCUGGACCGAUUACAGACUCUGACCAAAGAAGGCUUUGACUCCAUCUCCACCAGCUCCGAGGAGCUGCUCGUCUCGGCCCUGCAGGAGCUUGAGGGCAGCGCCAGCAGCUCCAGUUCCAAUAAGCACAUCCACGUGGAGCACAACAUGUCUCUCUUCCUGUGGUCCGAGAGCCCGCAAGACCUGCCUCCUGACGCCGCCUGGGUGAGCGUGGCACACCGAGGGCCCUUGGCCAGCAGCGGGCUCUCCAUGAAGGCGCAGGCCAUCAGCCCUUGUGUCCAGAACUUCUGCUCUUCCCUGGAUUCUAAACUGAAGGUGAAGCUGGAUGACCUCCUGGCUUACCUCCCCUCCGCGGACGUGUCCCUGCCCAAGGACAUCUCCCCCGGGCCUGCCAAGGGCUGUGCCUUCGACAGGUAUGCGGACGCCGGGACGGUGCGGGAGACGCUGCGGACCCACUCGACGGCGUGCAUCAAGCACAUCACCGCGCGCGUCCAGGCAGAGCUGCAGGGCGCCGAGCAGGCCAUGCAGGGGCAGCAGGGUGUCCUUGGCGGUGUCAAGUUGCCUGCGGUGCUCUUCAUGGCCAGACUCUGCCAGUCUCUGGGAGACCUGUGUCCCCAUCUGAAGCAGUGCAUCUUGGGAAAGUCAGGGAGCUCCGAGAAACCUGCAAGGGAUCCCAGGGCUCUGAAAAAACAAGGAAAGGGGAAAACACAGGAAAUAAUUCCUGUGCAGACCAAGUGGCAGGAAGUUAAGGAACUCCUCCUCCAGCAGAGCGUGAUGGGCUACCGUGUCUGGAGCUCAGCAGUUGUGAAGGUUUUGGCUCAUGGAUUCACCCAGUCGUUACUUUUGGAUGAUGCCGGCUCAGUCCUGGCCACAGCCACCAGCUGGGAUGAACUAGAAAUCCAAGAGGAAGCCGAGUCCGGCAGCAGUGUCACGUCCACGAUCCGACUCCCUGUACAGCCGUCCUGGUACGUCCAGUCCUUCCUGUUUAGCCUCUGCCAGGAAAUUAAUCGGGUUGGAGGCCACGCUUUGCCAAAAGUGACACUGCAGGAGAUGCUGAAAAGCUGUAUGGUCCAGGUGCUGGCUGCCUAUGAGAAACUUGCAGAAGAAAAACAGGUGAAGAAAGAAGGCGCCUUCCCGAUGACCCAGAAUCGGGCCCUGCAGCUGCUAUAUGAUCUGCGCUGUCUCAGUGUGGUUCUGACGGCCAGGGGUGAGGAGGUGAGGAGUGGCCGCAACAGACAAGACUCCAGACUUGAGAAAGUGGCUGACUAUCUGGAGGCGCUCAUUGACCCAUUUGACCUGGAUGUUUUCACGCCGCACCUCAACAGCAACCUUAACCGCCUGGUGCAGCGAACUUCUGUUCUGUUCGGACUGGUCACUGGAACGGAGAAUCCUUUCACCCCCCGGAGCUGCACAUUCAACUCGCAAGAACCCCAUAACAUACUGCCCCUGGCGUCAAGUCAGAUCAGGUUUGGCCUUCUUCCACUGAGCAUGACAAGUGCCCGAAAGGCCAAAUCAACCAGCAGAAACAUCGAAAGCAAAGCCCAGGUUGUCCCCCCGGCACUCUCCCGAGCGGGUGACCCAGCACAGCCUGGCUCCUUGUUCCGACAGCUGGUCAGUGAGGAAGAAGACGCGUCCACGCCUUCGCUGUUCAAGCUAGGUUGGCUCUCUAGUAUGACUAAAUAACACGGGAACAUAUCCGUCUCUCUCUAAAUAAAUACUACAUCAUUUCUGCUAA